AUGACGGAGGCGGCGGAGGCUCCGGCGAGGGUGAGGAUGAAGGACUCGCAGGGGAUGCCGGGGACACAUUUAGGGCUCGCGCUGAGGCUGUUCCAGUUCUUGUUUGCUGUUGCGGCGCUCUGCGCCAUGGCGGCCACCAACGAUUUCACCUCUGUCACUGCGUUCUGCUAUCUUGUUGCAGCAGUCAUCUUACAAAGCCUGUGGAGUCUUUGUCUAGCCUUUUUGGAUAUGUAUGCACUUCUAGUUAAGCGUUCUUUGAGUAAUUGCCAAGUCACCUGUCUGUUCGCCAUUGGAGAUGGGAUCACGUCAUUUCUCACAUUUGCAGCAGCCACUGCAUCUGCAGGCAUCACAAUUCUCAUCAGCAAUGAUCUAAGCUUGUGUAAAGUGAACCACUGUGCAAAUUUUGAGACGGCAACAGCCAUGGCCUUCUUCAGUUGGUUCACUGCCUCUCCAUCUUUUCUCUUGAAUUUAUGGUCACUCUUAUCUUCCAAGUGAAAGCGAUUCAGCCAAUCAAGAGCAGCUAUUUUGUGCCAUAAUUUUAUCCAAAGUUUUUCGUUCCCCCCACCCACCCCCAAAUUCUCAUUUGAAGUCAAUUCCCAUCGUCAGCCGUAUCUCUGUCAACUCAAUAUUGCGCUUCUAAAUGAUGGUUGUAUUUAAUGGCAUACGGCGGUUGCCUUUUUUUCUUUUUCCUUUUAAUUAAAUGUGUCGUGUGGCAGUCUGUUGUUCGAUGGGUUUUGUAUGGACGAAAGUGUUUUUCCUUUUAAUGAAUUUUAGUGUAUAUAUUAAUAAAUUAUUGUCAGUGAAUUACCUUUUACUUUGUUCUGUA